GUCGGAAGCCCGUGCGCCGCCGCCGCCGCCGCCGAGCCGGCCGGGGAGCGCGGGACUCGCUGCAGCGGCGGCGGGCGCGGAGCGGGGAGCGAGCCGAGCCCCGCGCGGGGCCCCGACCCCCGGCCACCCCGCGGCGCCGGCCCGGAUCGCGGGGAAGCGGCCGGCCCUGCGGGCGUCGGCGGGGCGCGCGGGAGCCAGAGCGGCGGCCGCCGCGUCCUCGCCGCCCGCCCCGGCCGGGCCGCGGCCCCCAGCCGCCGUCGGGCAUGGAGCCGUGGCGGCAGUGUGCCCAGUGGCUCAUCCACUGCAAGGUGCUGCCCGCCAACCACCGGGUCACCUGGGACUCGGCGCAGGUGUUCGACCUGGCGCAGACCCUGCGCGACGGGGUCCUCCUCUGCCAGCUGCUCAACAACCUCCGGCCCCGCGCCAUCGACCUGAAGGAGAUCAACCUUCGGCCGCAGAUGUCCCAGUUUCUCUGUUUGAAGAACAUACGGACCUUCCUCUCGGCCUGCUGCGAGACAUUUGGGAUGAGGAAGAGCGAGCUCUUCGAGGCUUUUGACCUGUUCGAUGUCCGGGACUUUGGAAAGGUGAUAGAAACGCUGUCGCGCCUCUCCCGAACGCCCAUCGCGCUGGCCACAGGAAUCAGGCCCUUCCCAACAGAAGAGAGCGUCAACGAUGAGGACAUCUACAAAGCCCUCCCUGACCUGAUAGACGAGACGCGCGCGGAGGACGAGGAGGGCCUGUAUGACUGUGUGUACGGCGAGGACGAAGGCGGCGAGGUCUACGAGGACUUGAUGAAAGCGGAGGAGGCACAGCAACCCAAAUGUCCAGAGAAUGACAUACGAAGUUGCUGCCUCGCAGAGAUUAAGCAGACGGAAGAAAAAUACACAGAAACACUGGAGUCGAUAGAGAAGUACUUCAUGGCACCACUAAAACGGUUUCUGACAGCAGCAGAAUUUGAUUCUGUCUUCAUCAACAUUCCCGAACUCGUAAAAGUUCAUCGGAACCUAAUGCAAGAAAUUCAUGAUUCCAUCGUAAAUAAGCACGACCAGAACUUGUAUCAGAUUUUCAUUAACUACAAGGAAAGGCUGGUGAUCUACGGGCAGUACUGCAGCGCCGUGGAGUCGGCCAUCUCCAGCUUGGACUACAUCUCUAAGACGAAAGAAGACGUCAAACUGAAAUUAGAGGAAUGUUCCAAACGGGCCAACAACGGGAAGUUCACUCUCCGAGACUUGCUCGUGGUCCCAAUGCAGCGCGUGCUCAAGUACCACCUUCUCCUGCAGGAACUGGUCAAGCAUACCACCGACCCCAUAGAGAAGGCGAAUCUGAAACUGGCUCUGGAUGCGAUGAAGGACUUGGCACAGUAUGUGAACGAAGUGAAGAGGGACAACGAGACCUUGCGUGAAAUCAGGCAGUUCCAGCUCUCCAUAGAGAACCUGAACCAGCCAGUGUUGCUUUUCGGACGGCCGCAGGGAGAUGGCGAGAUUCGAAUCACCACUCUGGACAAGCACACAAAGCAAGAGAGGCACAUCUUCUUAUUCGACUUAGCAGUGAUUGUCUGCAAAAGAAAAGGUGACAACUAUGAAAUGAAGGAAAUAAUAGAUCUCCAGCAGUACAAAAUAGCCAACAAUCCUACAACGGAUAAAGAAAACAAAAAGUGGUCUUAUGGCUUCUACCUCAUCCAUACCCAAGGACACAAUGGGUUAGAAUUUUAUUGCAAAACAAAAGAUUUAAAGAAAAAAUGGCUGGAACAGUUUGAAAUGGCUUUAUCCAACAUCAGGCCAGACCACGCCGACUCCAAUUUCCACGAGUUUAAGAUGCACACCUUCAGCCGGGUGACCUCCUGCAAGGCCUGCCAGAUGCUGCUCAGAGGGACCUUUUACCAGGGCUACCUAUGCUUCAAGUGUGGCGCCAGGGCUCACAAAGAAUGUCUGGGAAGAGUCGACAACUGUGGCCGAAUGAAUUCUGCGGAACCCGGGACGCUGAAGGCGCCAGAGAAACGGACCAAUGGGCUGCGGAGAAACUCCCGGCAGGUGGACCCAGGGCUGCCGAAGAUGCAGGUCAUCAGGAACUACGCCGGGACGCCGCCCCCCGCGCCCCACGAGGGGCCCCCGCUCCACAUCCAGGCCGGGGACACGGUGGAGCUCCUGCGCGGAGACGCGCACAGCCUGUUCUGGCAGGGUAGAAAUUUAGCCACAGGAGAGGUUGGAUUUUUUCCGAGUGACGCUGUCAAGCCUUGCCCAUGUGUGCCCAAACCAGUAGAUUAUUCUUGCCAGCCUUGGUACGCCGGGGCGAUGGAGAGACUGCAGGCGGAGACCGAACUGAUCAACAGGCUGAACAGCACUUACCUGGUGAGGCUCCGGACCAAAGAGUCGGGCGAAUACGCGAUUAGCAUUAAGUACAAUAAUGAAGCAAAGCAUAUCAAGAUUGUAACAAGAGAUGGCUUAUUUCACAUUGCAGAAAAUAGAAAAUUUAAAAGUUUAAUGGAGCUGGUGGAGUAUUACAAGCACCACUCCCUGAAGGAAGGCUUCCGGAGCCUGGAUACCACCCUCCAGUUCCCAUACAAGGAGCCGGAGCCUGUGGCUGGGCAGAGGGGCAGCCGGGUGGGCAGCAGCUCCCCCUCUCUGCUCUGUGGGUUUUCUCUUGUCCCUCCUCCAGACUUCAGCUUUGUCCCCCCUUCCUCCACUCCUUUCUGGUCAGUGCUGAGCCCCAAGGUGCUGGGCAUCGCCGUGGCGCGCUACGACUUCUGCGCGAGAGACAUGCGCGAGCUGUCCCUGCUGAAGGGGGACGUGGUGAAGAUCUACACCAAGAUGAGCGGCAACGGCUGGUGGCGAGGAGAAGCCAACGGCAAGGUGGGCUGGUUCCCGUCCACGUACGUGGAGAUGGAUGAGUAGGUGCCAGACCAGCAACGUCAGGCUGGACACUUCGAGACAGGACAGACGAAGCCUUCACAGCACUGCGAGUGAACCGAUGUGUUUGAAAAGCUGCAUUUCCAGCUAUUUCACGCCCUCCCUCCUGAGUCUUAAUCCUGAGGUCUGAAAAGGCCGGUGCUGACGAACAGCUGGGCAAAGGACAGCGACCAGUGGGUCAUCGCCGAGGGCCAGGGCAAAGCCCGAGCUUGCUUUUCUCCCCCAGAGAGCCCGGCAAACACAUGGUUCAUCUUUCUACUUCCUUCAUCCAGUCCGACCCCAUGAUGCCGCCAAAAGAAAACGCUUCCCGCUGGUUUCU